GUCUGGACAGGGCCCUGCUGGCUGGCCUCUGCUGGCAGGAAUCAUGGCAGAGGCCGGGGAUGCAGCACUGUCCGUGGCUGAGUGGUUGCGGGCACUCCACCUGGAGCAGUACACUGGGCUCUUUGAGCAGCAUGGACUGGUGUGGGCCACCGAGUGCCAAGGCCUCAGUGAUGCCCGCUUGGUGGACAUGGGCAUGCUACUCCCUGGUCACCGCCGCCGCAUCCUGGCUGGCCUGCUCCGUGCCCACACGCCCCCAAGCCCUGCACCCCGCCCUACCCCCCGGCCCGUGCCCAUGAAGCGUCAUGUCUUCCGCUCACCGCCUGUGCCUGCCGCUCCACCGGAGCCACUGCCCACGGCUGGAGAGGACGAGGGGCUACCCACUGCCCCACCCAUCCCACCCCGGAGGAGUUGCCUUCCGCCUGCCUGCUUCUCUGCCCCAUCCGCAGCAGCCCCAGACCCUGUGCUGCCCCCGCUGCCUGCCAAGCGGCAUCUGGCAGAGUUCAACGUUCCGCCUGUGCCCCCCCGCACUGGGACUCCCCGCCAGCUGGUGAGCCUUCCCUCCAGGGAGGAGGAGUUACUGUCAUCACCACCAUCAUCCCCUCCCCAGCCAGCGCCUGAGGAGCCCCCGGCCACCUUCCCCCGAGUGCCUCCACAGCCCCCGUCUCCACCUCCCAGCCCCCCGGAGAUCCCCCCGAAGCCUCUUCGCCUGCCCCCAGAGUUCGAUGACUCUGACUAUGAUGAGCCUCCAGAGGAGGGGCCAGCGGCCCCAGCUGGCGUGAUGACCAAGAAGGAGGAGCUCCCAGUGAGCCAAGUCCCACGUGCUGUGCGUGUGGCCAGUCUGCUGAGCGAGGGGGAAGAACUGUCUGGGGACGACGACCAAGCAGAUGAAGAUGAGGAUGACCACGCCUAUGAGGGCGUCCCCAAUGGUGGAUGGCACAAGAGCAGCCUGAACUCAUCCCUGCCCAGCAGCCUCCUGAUCCCCGAGCUCCCACCACACCCCAUGGACGGGCUCCCCGGGGGCUCCACCCCCAUCACACAAGUCAUCAAGGCUGGCUGGCUGGACAAGAACCCACCGCAGGGAUCUUAUAUCUAUCAGAAGCGAUGGGUGAGACUGGAUGCCGAUCAUCUGAGAUACUUUGACAGUAACAAGGACGCCUACUCUAAGCGCUUUAUCUCUGUGGCCUGCAUCUCCCGCGUGGCUGCCAUUGGGGACCAGAAGUUUGAAGUGAUCACGAACAACCGGACCUUUGCCUUCCGGGCAGAGAGUGAUGUGGAGCGGAAGGAGUGGAUGCAGGCCCUUCAGCAGGCGGUGGCUGCUCAGUAUGCCCGGGCCCAGCUGUCUAGCGCUUAUCCGUUGGGUAUUCGAGGCUCAGAGCCACCUGACCGUGCUGGCAGCCUGGAACUACGUGGUUUCAAGAAUAAACUGUAUGUGGCCGUGGUUGGGGACAAAGUGCAGCUGUACAAGAAUCUGGAGGAGUACCACCUGGGCAUUGGCAUCACCUUUAUUGACAUGAGCGUAGGCAACGUGAAGGAAGCAGACCGGCGCAGCUUCGACCUCACCACCCCCUACCGCAUCUUCAGCUUCUCGGCCGAAUCGGAACUAGAGAAGGAGCAGUGGCUGGAGGCCAUGCAGGGAGCCAUUGCCGAGGCCCUGUCUACCCUGGAGGUGGCCGAGCGCAUCUGGGCUGUGGCCCCCAACAGGUUCUGUGCCGACUGCGGGGCUGCCCAGCCUGACUGGGCCUCCAUCAACCUCUGUGUCGUCAUCUGCAAGCGCUGUGCAGGGGAGCACCGUGGCCUAGGCGCUGGGGUCUCCAAGGUGCGGAGCCUGAAGAUGGACAGGAAGGUGUGGACGGAAACACUCAUUGAGCUCUUCUUACAGCUGGGCAAUGGCCCUGGGAACCGCUUCUGGGCAGCCAAUGUACCCCCCAGUGAGGCUCUGCAGCCCAGCAGCAGCCCCAGUGCCCGGCGGCGCCACCUGGAGGCCAAAUACCGUGAGGGCAAGUACCGCCGCUAUCACCCGCUCUUUGGCAACCAGGAGGAACUGGACAAGGCUCUGUGUGCUGCAGUCACUACCACAGACCUGGCUGAGACCCAAGCUCUCCUGGGCUGUGGGGCUGGAGUCAACUGCUUCUCAGGGGACCCUGAGGCCCCCACGCCCCUGGCUCUUGCCGAGCAGGCAGGGCAGGCGCUGCAGAUGGAAUUCCUACGGAACAACCGGACCACGGGCAGGGGCGAGGAGAGACACCCUGGGAUGGUGAGCAUGAGCAGCCGUUCCUCACCAUACACCCCACCCCCCAACACCUUCCCUAAAGAGGUGCCUCGGCUGGAUUCAGCGAAGCCUCUGGAAAAGCACUACUCAGUUGUCUUGCCGACUGUGAGCCACAAUGGCUUCCUCUACAAGACUGCUUCUGCCGCCAAGCUGCUGCAGGACCGCCGUGCCCGGGAAGAGUUCAGCCGACGCUGGUGUGUCCUUAGCGACGGGGUCCUGAGCUACUAUGAGAGUGAGCGGGCAGUGACCCCCAAUGGCGAGAUUCGGGCCAGUGAGAUUGUGUGCCUGGCAGUGCCCCCUCCUGACACCCACGGCUUUGAGCACACCUUUGAGGUGUACACGGAGGGAGAGCGGCUGUACCUGUUUGGUCUGGAGAGUGCAGAGCUGGCUCGUGAGUGGGUCAAGUGCAUUGCUAAGGCUUUCAUACCUCCCCUGGCUGAAGAUCUGCUGGUCCGGGAUUUUGAGCGGCUUGGGCGCCUACCCUACAAAGCUGGCCUGAGCCUACAGCGGGCCCAGGAGGGCUGGUUCUCCCUCACUGGCUCCGAGCUCCGUGCUGUCUUCCCAGAGGGGCCCUGCGAGGAGCCGCUCCAACUUCGGAAACUGCAGGAGCUUUCCGUCCAAGGGGACAGCGAGAACCAAGUGCUGGUGCUGGUGGAGCGAAGGAGGACGCUGUACAUCCAGGGGGAGCGGCGGCUGGACUUCACAGGCUGGCUGGGGGCCAUCCAGAAAGCAGCGGCCAGCUCCGGGGACACGUUGUCGGAGCAGCAGCUCGGAGACUCAGAUAUCCCAGUGAUCGUCUACCGCUGUAUAGACUACAUCACGCAGUGUGGCCUGACUUCUGAGGGCAUCUACCGCAAGUGUGGGCAGACAUCAAAGACUCAGCGGCUGCUGGAGAGUCUGCGGCAGGACGCUCGGUCUGUGCGCCUCAAGGAGGGCGAGCAGCAUGUAGACGAUGUCUCCUCAGCACUCAAGCGCUUCCUGCGAGACCUGCCCGAUGGUCUCUUCACUCGCGCCCAGCGCCUAGCCUGGCUAGAGGCCUCAGAGAUUGAGGAUGAGGAGGAGAAAGUCUCCAGAUACAGAGAGCUCUUGGCACAUCUGCCUCCAGUCAACCGAGCCACAGUGAAGGCCCUUAUCAGCCACCUGUACUGCGUCCAGUGCUUCUCAGACACAAACCAGAUGAACACGCACAACCUGGCUAUUGUGUUUGGACCCACGCUCUUCCAGACAGAUGGGCAGGACUACAAGGCUGGCCGUGUGGUAGAAGACCUCAUCGGCCACUAUGUGGUGGUGUUUAGCGUGGAUGAGGAAGAGCUGAGGAAGCAGCGGGAAGAGAUCACUGCCAUUGUGAAGAUGCGUGUGGCUGGCACUGCCAGCGGGACCCAGCAUGCCGGUGACUUCAUCUGCACAGUGUACCUGGAGGAGAAGAAGGCGGAAACCGAGCAGCAUAUCAAGAUCCCAGCAGCCAUGACAGCCGAGGAGCUCACCCUAGAGAUCCUGGAUCGCAGGAAUGUGGGCAUCAGGGAGAGGGACUACUGGACCUGCUUUGAGGUCAAUGAGAGGGAGGAGGCAGAGCGCCCCCUGCACUUUGCGGAGAAGGUGCUGCCCAUCCUGCACGGGCUGGGCACGGACAGCUACCUGGUGGUGAAGAAGCACCAGUCCAUGGAGGCCAUGCUGCUGUACCUGGCCAGCCACGUAGGCGACACCAAGCACGGCAUGAUGAAGUUCCGUGAGGACCGUAGCCUCCUGGGCCUGGGCCUGCCCUCAGGUGGCUUUCACGACCGAUACUUCAUCCUCAACAGCAGCUGCCUGCGGCUCUACAAGGAGGUCCGGAGCCAGAGGCCAUGGAGCGGGGCCCCUGAGACCAGUCACCGGCCUGAGAAGGAGUGGCCCGUCAGGAGUCUCAAAGUCUACCUGGGAGUGAAGAAGAAACUCCGGCCACCCACCUGCUGGGGCUUCACAGUGGUGCACGAGACAGAGAAACAUGAGAAGCAGCAGUGGUACCUCUGCUGUGAGACACAGAUGGAGCUCCGGGAGUGGUUUGCCACCUUCCUCUUUGUGCAGCAUGACGGCCUGGUGUGGCCCUCGGAGCCCUCCCGUGUAUCUCGGGCAGUGCCUGAGGUCCGGCUGGGCAGUGUUUCGUUGAUCCCUCUGCGCGGCAGUGAGAACGAAAUGCGAAGGAGUGUGGCCGCCUUUGCUGCGGACCCCCUUUCUCUCCUCCGCAACGUCUGAGCGCAGAAGCCAGCCCCUGGCUCUGAGACUCUGCCGCCCUGAAGCCUUCCUGUUCAGACACCCUCGUGCCCUGCGUGCCUGGUGUGAACCAGCAGGGGAUGCAUGAGGAAGCCGCACCCCACAUCCCACAUCCUGGUUGCAGCAUGGGGUUCCCUCGCCAGGAAGUGGGGGGCAGCAGGGUCUGCCUGAGGAGGACCCCUCAUCUGUUGUCUGGGUGCUUCUCCUGGCCUGGCCUGCUCCCCCCUCCAGGGUCACCCACCCUGAGUUUGAGGGGUUAGAGAGGUGGGAUGUGCAUUGUUCAGAAACUCUGGAGGACCACCAUCCUUGGAGAGGCUCAAAGCCCUGGGGCCCCCGCUGGAAGGGAGCCCACCCUCUUGUCACAAACUCCAGAACAGCAAAAAGUGGAUGCUCUAAAGGAACACUCAGCUGGGAUAGGGAGGGAGCUCUUGGGUAAGUUUCUCUAUAGCCUAGAACUGGGGCUGGGGGACUUUAGGAGCCUCCUCUGGUCUAGGCUGACUGGGAGGGCCCAGGCUGCCUGGUGCCCCUUCCCCACUUUGGGGGCCUUUUGAUAAUAUAAAUAUAUCUGUAUAUUUUAUCCUA